CUCUCAAGGCAGAGUCUCUUCUCAAAGGCUGUUUCACAGUGAAAAUAUGCUCAGUGCAGCCGAGUGCAUGAAUGAAAAAGCCUCUGGUACCUUCUAGUCUGGCAAAAUGCAGCACAAAACUCUACUUACUCUGUCCUUUCUGCUGUCCCAGGUUCUGCUGCUUGCAUGUGCGGAAGAUUUAGAAUGUGUCCCUGGAUUCCAGCAAAAGGUGUUUUAUAUUGAACAGCCAUUUGAAUUCACAGAGGACCAGCCAGUUCUGAACCUGGAAUUUGAUGACUGCAAGGGGAAUAACAAAUUGAACUUCGAAGUUUCUAACCCAGACUUUAAGGUGGAACGCGAUGGGUCUUUAGUUGCACUAAAGAAUAUAUCAGAAGCCGGCAGAGCCUUGUUUGUCCAUGCGCGGUCUGAGCAUGCUGAGGAUAUGGCAGAAAUUUUGAUUGUUGGAGCGAAUGAAAAACAUGGUGCAUUAAAGGAAAUCUUUAAGAUAGAAGGCAACCUUGGAAUUCCAAGACAAAAAAGAGCUAUAUUGGCAACUCCGAUAUUAAUUCCUGAAAAUCAAAGACCACCGUUCCCCAGAUCUGUUGGCAAGGUCAUCACCAGUGAAGGGACAGAGGGAGCAAAGUUUCGACUCUCUGGUAAGGGAGUAGAUCAAGAGCCAAAAGGAAUUUUUAGAAUCAAUGAGAUCAGCGGGGAUGUCUCCGUGACCCGAGCCCUUGAUAGAGAAGCAAUUGCCAAUUAUGAGCUUGAAGUUGAGGUCACAGAUAUAAGUGGGAAAACAAUUGAUGGUCCAGUCCGCCUAGAUAUUUCUGUUAUCGAUCAAAAUGAUAACAGGCCAAUGUUCAAAGAAGGACCCUACGUUGGUCAUGUCAUGGAGGGAUCCCCUACAGGAACGACUGUGAUGCGUAUGACAGCGUUUGAUGCUGAUGACUCUAGCACAGACAAUGCUCUUCUGCGGUAUAACAUCCUCAGACAGACCCCUACCAAACCAUCUCCUAAUAUGUUCUACAUUGACCCAGAAAAGGGAGAUAUUGUUACAGUGGUGUCCCCUGUACUGUUGGAUCGUGAGACUAUGGAAACCCCGAAAUACGAGCUAGUUAUAGAAGCAAAGGAUAUGGGUGGUCUUGAUGUGGGACUAACUGACACCGCAACUGCCACUAUUCUUAUUGAUGACAAAAAUGACCAUGCUCCAGAAUUUACCAAGAAGGAGUUUCAAGCCACAGUAAAGGAGGGAGUCACGGGUGUAAUAGUAAACUUAACCGUUGGUGACCGAGAUGACCCAGCAACCGGAGCAUGGAGAGCUGUCUACACCAUCAUUAAUGGAAAUCCAGGGCAGAGUUUUGAAAUCCACACCAAUCCCCAGACUAAUGAGGGAAUGCUCUCUGUUGUCAAACCUUUAGACUACGAGAUUUCGGCGUUUCACACGCUGCUGAUCAAAGUAGAAAACGAAGACCCGCUGAUUCCAGACAUAGCCUAUGGUCCCAGUUCCACGGCAACAGUUCAGAUCACUGUUGAGGAUGUGAAUGAAGGCCCAGUUUUCCACCCAAACCCAAUGACGGUGACAAAAGAAGAAAACAUCCCUAUUGGCAGUGUUGUGCUGACAGUAAAUGCCACGGAUCCGGAUACUUUGCAACAUCAGACUAUCAGGUAUUCGGUUUACAAGGAUCCAGCAGGCUGGCUAGAAAUCAACCCUACCAACGGUACCAUUGGCACCACUGCUGUCCUGGAUCGGGAAUCUCCUUAUGUUCACAAUAACAUCUACACUGCUCUCUUCCUGGCAAUAGACAGUGGUAACCCUCCUGCUACAGGUACAGGAACUUUACACAUCACUUUGGAGGAUGUCAAUGACAAUGUCCCUUCCCUUUAUCCAACACUGGCCAAAGUUUGUGAUGAUGCAAAAGAUCUCAGGGUAGUGGUACUAGGAGCAUCAGACAAAGACCUUCAUCCCAAUACAGAUCCCUUCAAAUUUGAACUGAGUAAGCAACCUGGCCCAGAAAAAUUGUGGAGAAUCACCAAGCUUAACAAUACUCAUGCCCAGGUCGUCCUGCUUCAAAACCUGAAAAAGGCCAAUUACAACAUCCCAAUCUCAGUGACAGAUUCUGGAAAACCGCCUCUGACUAACACCACAGAACUGAAAUUACAAGUGUGUUCCUGCAAGAAAUCCAAAAUGGACUGCAGUGCGACUGAUGCCCUUCAUAUCAGCAUGACCCUUAUCCUUCUUUCACUCUUCAGUUUAUUUUGUCUGUAAGAACUCCUGACAUUUGAAGCUGUCCUACCGAGUUGCCAUGGCAACGUGAAAAAAGAAAACAUCAGAUCUGAAGAUUGCAGUUUACAGUUACUGUUCUUCACUACUAGGCCUCAGUUGCUCCAGAUUCAGUUUAAUUUGCAACCUCACUUAAUCUGUCCAACUAUACAUUGGUGUUUGACAGCCUCUGCCCUAACUUACGUUUAUUAAUGGAUUCCUCUUGCAAGACGCAAGGUUUAUGCGGAUUUUCACUGAAUGUUAAAAGACCAUGACAUCUAAACUGGACCUUGGGAGAGCAGAAAACAGAUUGACUCGAUUUUUUUUCUAUCUGUUGACUUGUUGCUAUUCAACUGUUCAGAAAAUAUUUUGUCUGUGGGUUAGUAUUUGUAUAUGUAUGAGUGUAUGUAUAUAUAUAUAUUUAUAUAGAGAGAAGAGUUAUACGACAGGUUUAGCUUUUAUAAAAUAUUCAUCUGGAGUGUGCAAGGGACAAAGCAGAAUAAUACAGCCACAGAUGAAUUGUAACUAUUCUACCAGGGCUAAACCUACUGUAUUUGCUGUUUAUAGUGUGGCCAGAAGGAGAGAGCCUAUUGCAAUCACACCGCUACGACAGCCACUUUGUUGACACAAAUAACGCAGGCCCAGGGCUCUGCCGUGUCACUUCUUGUACCUCAGGUUCAGCAAACAAGAAAUGCAAGUGCCCCUGGCUUGUUUCUGAUCUGAACUGCUUUCCUUACGCCCCGACUGGAAGUCAUGCCGGGGCAGGAGCACGGCGCCUCGCUGCCCAUGUCAGGGAGAAAGCGGGAAGCAGGCAGCUGCGGGUCACGAGUCACAGCCCUGGAGUGCUGGGCCUGGCUUUGCGGGGCUCCAGUCAGCUUCCUUCGUGUCCCUGCAGGUAAUUAUUUGCCGGGGUGGUUUACAAAAUUUCAGUCGUUCGUCAGCUCUGCAGACACAGUGCGGUGGGAAGGUGUCUGCCUCGGAGAAGCUGAUUCGAACAGCAAAAAAGCAAAGUAUUUCUCCGCAGCACUGGUCUCUCUCUCAGCCUCUAUGCAGCUGUCAUCACAUAUGUAAGCGCAAGGAGGAAAACAGAUGCCCUAAUCUAUAAAUAUACUCACACACACAUAUAUAUAGUUUUGAAUAUAUAUAUACAUACAUACACACGUACACACGGUUUCCAGUUAAGAGUAACAAGCGCAUUUCUUUGUGUGUGUAAACUUACCACACUUGUUUGCAGACAUGGAAAAAAAGGGUGUUCGUUAUAGAUGAAUAUGAAUCCUUUUUUAUUCUGUGAGCAUGUAAGGUUAAAAAAAAAACAAACAAAAAAAACCCAACAAACAACCAAACCCUUCUAAUUGUAUCAAGAUGAUCAUCUUGUUAAUAAAUUGUAAAUGAUCCAUCAAAGCUCACACCAAAUUUUUAUAAAAUUAACACAAAAAGUAUACUAGUGACAGACUGUGGCUUUUAUUAGAGCUUGCCAGUAACUAGGGUAAGGUAAGUGUCUUAGAAUAUUUUAAUAAACUUGCUUAUUUAAAGUUUAAACAAGAAAGCUUCCUUAUGCAAUAGAACUUUGCAGCUGCAUUCUUUAGUUAGCAUUUUUACAGUACUUAUGGGUCAUACUGUAUGUUGUCUUUACUACAGUGAGAUUAUGAGCAUAUCCUGCCACGCCACAUAUAUGUUUCAAUAGUAAAGCUUUUUGGAAGCAUUAAAAAGUCCAAACAUACAUUUAGUUUUCCAUAAUGCUACACUAGAUAUUAAAUGUGUGUUGGUGGUUAAAAAGUGCUGUACAAUAGCUUUUCUCUGACUUCCUGUAUUGUACCAAAUAUGAAACAGGUCUUUUUUAUUUUUAAUCAAAAGGAGUAAUAACCACAGCGACAGAGGAAAAAAAAAUAGGUUUUGUUGCGAACUUUCCUAACGUUGUAGAUUUCUUGAUAAGAUACAAGCUGCCUUCAGACAGGAACCUAUUUUUCUCUUCCAGCUUAACUCCUGCUGUCCUGACCAAGUACAAUCUCCCCCGACCUCGUUUCUCUUGCAGCACGCUCUCGGUGUUUCAAUUACCAAAGUGGUACUUUGAGGUCAGUGGGAGCUUUUGCUGGGCAAGGGCUCCAGGAGCGGGCUGAAGGCUGCAGGCGUUUCAGUGGGAAAGUGCCUGAUCUCAAACAUUAACAUGGCCAUGCUUCUAAGUUCUCUUUCUCUGCCCAUGCCUUGUAACAAUCACAUGCUGCUGCUUUAUCAUCAACAAUCACGUCUUUUAAAAAAAUACAAUUUUCAGGCAAAUUUGUCAAAAAGAAAAAAAAAAAAAAAAUCAACAAAUGCGUACCGCGACUGCAUUUUCAACGUGUAUAUUUAAUGAAUGCAUCCAAAUGCACCCAGAGAUAAACCGCACCCUACGCUUUUGAUCUACAAAACCUCUAUCUUGAA